CCACUGGAGCUAAGGUGACAUGAGGACCGUGGGGCUGAGCCUGGGCCUGGGCCUGGCCCUGAUCUGCUUGCUGCACGUGGAGGCUGAGGACCUCGGGGCUGGGGAGUUGGACACGAGCAAGAUUGCAGGGAAAUGGUACAUCACUGCUAUGGCCUCCGACUCCGAGAGCUAUCUCCAAAGGAAGGACCAGCUGAAGAUGGCGAUGGCUGGCAUCGAGGUCCUGGGGAAGGACCUGAAGGUCUCCUUUGCAAUUCCCACCCCAGAGAGAUGUAUGAAAUUUGAGUCGAUCUACAAACCAACAAGCAUUCCGGGUGAAUACUACAGCUCUGACAGAGGCAAUAAGACAGCACAGCUGGUGGAUACCGAUGGCAGGACCUAUGUGAUUAUCUUUGCCACCAGAGAGAAGGAGGGGAAGAUCUUGCAUAUGCUGAGACUCUACAGCAGAACCCGGUGGGUGAGACCUAGAAUCACAGACCUGUUCAAGACGUUUGCCAAGAUGGAGGGCUUCAGCGACGAGAUGAUCUGGAUACUACCCAGACAGGACGAAUGCAGACUUGAUGGACCAUAGGAAGCGUGGGCUGGCUCGUGGAUGCUCCUCCCAAGCAAUGCAAGACCCACACUUCGAAGCUCCAGGCUGCUGUUCCACCAGCCCUCUUCCGAGCUCCGUGGUCAAGGCUUUGACACAAUCCCUGCUUCUCCAGCACACAGUCCCUACUUUUUGCCAAAUAAAGAGAAACUUAACCCAGA